AUGGCGUCUGAUCAAAAUGAUACAAGUACUAAUGAGAAUAAACAACUUCCUAUUGAAGUAAACGAUUGGAAUGGAUUAAAUCAACAAGCUCAACUUUUAUGCCAAGGUUCUGAUAAAAAUGUAAAAAUAUGUUUAAUUGAUGAAGAACAAGAAGAAAUCCGUUUACAAAAUCAAGAUGAAUUCGAUUUAAAUGUUCAAUAUGCUCGAGAUCAUGAAAUUAAAUCAUUAACAUUCGUUGUUUAUAUUGAUAAUAAACAUGUCUUUAAUGGAAUAUAUAAUAUUGAAAAACCAACAGAAAAAUUGGCUUUUCCUACUGAUAAAUUACAAAUGCUUAUAGAUAAUGUUCUUGUUGAAAAAUGGUAUAUACCAGUCAAACAAGAUGAACCAUUCGGUGUUUGCCUUAGCGCAGCAAUCGAUUUAGCUCAAAAUGGUAAACUUGAUACAAAUCCUGAUUGUAAACAAUUUAUUGAAACUAUUAUUCCAGAAGCAUUACGAAAAUUACAAAAUAGUGAAUCAGUUUUUUCAUGGCCACGUGAAAUUCAAUGUGGAAUAUUUGAAAUAAUUGAAUUAUUCGUUGAUUUAGUUGGUACACGUAUUUGUUAUCCACCUAUACCUAUUACAUUAUUAAAAACACUUGCUAUGACAUUUGAUACAGAUAUGAAAUUUUCUCAAAAACAUAAAAAUGAAUUAUUACCACCACGACGUUCAUAUACAUUAAAAGAUGAAGAUUUCUUACGUGAAGAUUUCGAUAAGGAAACAUUUGGUUGGCUUCGAUCGAUUAUUCAACGCUUCAUUGCACAAAAUGGUUUAAAAAAUAUUCGUUUACAAUUUGAAUAUAUUGAUUCUUCAAAUUCAACAACAACUACAAUGGAAUAUACUGCAUUACUUAAAGUAUUUGCUAAAUGUAAUAAAUGUAUAAAUACGAAUCGUUUUCGUUUAAUUUUUCAUCGACCAAUUCGUCAAGCAAUUCAAUAUCUUCAAAAACAAAAUGCUUCUAAUGAAGAGAAUAAUGAAUUAAAAGAAUUAAAUGAAACAUUAAUGGAUAUUUGUUAUAAAUAUGAAUUAAAAGAUGAAAUUAAAAAUUUACUUGCAUUACCAUAUAAUUCAACUAUAUAUGAAAUAUCUUCAUCAUCUGUUGAAAGUUGUUCUGAAACAACACCACUUAUUGAGGUACCAAUAUCAGUUCAAAGGAAAACUAAAAAUCAGGAUUGUUAUGAAAGACUUGCGGAAGAUAUUCGAUCAAUGACGAUGAAUAAUGGUGAUGGAGAACGAAAAAAUAUUAAAAAACAACGAACAGAUGAACAAAUACCAUCAUCAUUAUUUACUCGUAAUAGUAUUAUGGAAUGUAUUGAUGAUUUAUUAACUACAACUGAUAAGCGUUCACUUAAACGAAAACAUCGUCGUGAACAACAACGUUCAACAUUAUUAUCGACGAAUAAUGGUCAUAUUAAUAAAAAAGAAAGUAAACGAUCAAAUACAAUUACAAUUGCAACAACUAAAAAUUAUGAUCGAUCAAAUCCGGAAGAUAUUCUUCGUUAUUUCGCACCAAUGAAAUUAAAAAUUGCUACACUUUAUGAUAAUCUUCAUACACUUACAUGUCAGGGUAAUCUACGUGAAGUAUUGAAAAUUGAAGAAAAACUCAAAAUACUUCGUCCAUUUUCUGCUCGAUUUAUUGCUGAUGAAAAUACACCCGAUGGAACAUUAAUGCAAUCAGGACAAGUAUUUCGUAAAGGAUGGAUUCUUCUUAAUGAUGGUUCAUUACCAUGGGAUAGUAAUGAUAUUCAAUUAAUUAAUUUAUCCGAUGGUAUUCAAGUUCUUCAACAACCAAUUGUACCAAUAACAGCACCACAUGCACGAGCUGUUAUAAAUAUUGAUUUUAUGUGUCCAAAUAAAUCUGGAACAUAUGAAAGUAAAUGGAUACUUGCUUAUCGUCAACAAACAUUUGGUCCAAUGAUUUGGUGUUCAAUUGAAGUUAAUCAAGCAUCAGUUGCUAGUGAAAAUAAAAUUGAACCAAUCAUCGAUGAUAAUGAAUUUGAAUUUAUUGAAGUACCAUUACCAGCAUGUUUUGAUUUAUCAAAACCUUAUCAAUCAUUAAUGAAAACAUCAAGUGAUAGUUCACUUAAUUUAGAUUUUGUUUUACCAUGUAUUGAUUCAACUGAAUUAUUAGCAACAGAUUUCAGUACAGUUAAUAUUGAUAAUCUUCAAAGUUCAUAUGCUAGCGAUAGUGAUAGCUUUUCAACAUUUACAUGUUCAUCUUCAAUGCCAUCUUUAGUAGAAAAUCAAAUUAAUAAAACACUUCUUCCAACAGAUUCAACUUCAGAAGAUCCAACACCAUUAAUUGAAUUAGCACCACCAACAGAAACUCAAAUAACAACACCUAUAAUUUCUGUUGAUACUAAUAAUGAUGAACGUCAAUCAGCACGAUUAAAUCAAUCGUUGGAUUUUGUUGAUACAGUUGUUACAAAUAUUUUCAGUGUUGCUAAACAAGCUGGCUCAACAGCAAAAGCUAUUUUUAACACAUUACAAGCAUAUGAUGAACCUAUUCCUUCUACAACAACAACAACAACAACUGUUCAAGACCAACAACCAACAUUAGUCAAUACAUUUAAUAAAACUUCAAUAAAUACAAACGGAUUAUUUGAACAUAUUAAUAGCACACAAACAAUACGUACAAAUUCAUUUCCUUCAGAUGAUCAAAUAAAAACAUUAAUUGAAAUGGGAUUUGCUAAUCGAGCUAAAAAUCAACGUUUACUUAGAGAAAAUGCUAAUGAUUUAGCUAAAGUCAUCGAAUUACUAACAUUGGAAACUAAUGAUGAGGUUGAUUGGUUACGCCAUAAAUCUAUUCUUGAAACAUAUGGUUUAGUAUCUAAUGAAGAAUCAUCAUUGAAUGAAAAUGAACGUACAAAUUCUGAUACGCCCUAUCCACCUGUACGACAACGUACUGAAAGAGAACGACCACGAUCAAUUCGAUUAAAACCACAAGAAUAUCUAUUAAUUGCUAUUGCAAUAUUAGCCAUAUUAUCUCUAGUCAUUUAUAAUAUUUUUCAAUAUUUUUUACCCAAUGAAUAA